AUGAAUACCGAGAUAGAACUACAGCCGGCUGAAGCAGGCCAUGAUGAAGUGCAAGAAGAGAAAAAGGCCACCAGGAUCGCCGCAGCCGCCUUUUGCUUCCUGGUCGCAGGCGUCAACGACGGCAGCCUGGGGGCCCUGGUCCCUUACCUGCUGCGCUCCUACGGCCUCUCCUCGUCCUCCGUCGGCCUCAUCUGGGGCCUCUCUUUCGUCGGAUGGCUUCUCGCUGCUCUCACGGGCAGCUGGAUGCGCUCUUCGACGGGGCUGGGCGGUGCUCUCGUUGCCGGUGCUGCCGCUCAGCUCGUUGCCCACCUCCUCCGUUUCUGGAUGCCCCCGUUUGCUCUCUUUGCGGUGACGUUCAUCUUCGCAGCGCUGGGCCAGGGAUACCAGGACGCCCAGGCAAACGUCUUCGUGGCCGGGCUCAAGGGCGCUCACCGAUGGCUGGGCCUGAUACACGCCAGCUACAGUGCCGGAUGUCUCGUUGGGCCGCUGCUGGCUUCUCUCGUGGCCACCCACACCGAUGAAUGGAUGUACUUCUACCUGGUGCCGGGAGGACUCGGCCUGGUCAACUUGCUGCUUGCAUGGUGGGCGUUCAAGGAGCACGUCUGCAUCUCGAUAUCAUGGAACAGCAGCAGAGACAACACUGCAUCUACCUCUACGUGGACGGAGAUGAAGCUCACGCUGCAGUGUAGACCCGUCUGGCUGCUCAGUCUCUUCUACUUCUUCUACCUCGGUGUUGCCAUUACCGUAGGAGGAUGGCUAGUUGAGUAUCUCGUCCAGGAACGCAAUGGAGAGCUCUCCCGCGUCGGAUACGUGCCCACAGGCUACUUCGGCGGCAUCAUGCUCGGCCGUCUCCUGCUGGCUGAACCCGCUCAUCGUCUGGGUGAGAAGCCGGUGAUACUCGUCUGUUCGCUGUGCUGUCUCGCCCUGCAGAUCGUCUUCUGGCGUGUCAAUAACAUCAUCGCUGAUAGCGUCGUCGUCAGCGUCUUCGGUUUCUUGUCAGGGCCGUUCUUUGCUUCAGGAAUGUCGGUGGCUUCCAAGUUGAUACCAACGCACAUCCACACAGCUGCUCUCGGACUCAUCUUCGUCGUGGCCCAGGCCGGCGGGACGGUCUUCCCUGCCAUCACCGGUGCCAUUGCUUCAAAGGCUGGUGUCAGUGUUCUGCAGCCCAUCCUGGUCGGCCUCAUCGCUCUCAUGGGAAUCAGCUGGGCUCUUGUUCCAGCCGUCGACAGGAAAAGAGACUAG